CAUUUCAUGUCAUGUGAUUUAGUAAUCAUGAAUGUAAACAAUCGGUUCGAACGAAGUCGAAAGUCCGUGAAGUGAGUGUAACGCUUUCGGUGGAGUUUAUUUCCUUGUCCAGACAGUGUGUGAUGCAAUCUGAAGUGUUCUAUCUUGUUACAGGUGUGUAAUUUGCACUGAUUUUCCGAGUCAUUAUGCGGAUGUUUGCGGGUCUUCACUUCCUUUCUUCCAAGCUCAACAUUUGGCUUUUCGUCCUCUUCACAACGAUCCCUUUGUGGGGCAUCGGCUCUUCCAUCAGUCCACAAAAACUACCAUUGCAGGGUUCUGACCAAGUCGAGGAAUUCCUGGGCUCGCCGAAGAGCGAUGACGUAAAAAUCUCCAAGACUGAUCAGAUUGAUCGACUUUUGAAAGUUCUGCCGGGUCUCCUAAGAGCUCAUGGCUAUCGUGACGUUGAGGAAAAGUUGAAAAAACUCCGACAACGGUUUGAGACUUCUAACAUAGAACUGGGGAGUGAUCCUGAUACCAAGUACAAUGUGAGCGGCCUCAUCGCGAGCCAUGGAUACCCAGUUGAAGUCCAUGAAGUUCACACAGUGGAUGGAUUUAUACUGACCCUGCAGCGCAUACCCUACGGCGUGAAGAACAAAAGCAAAGGACCCAGGGAAGUAGCGUUCCUCCAACACGGCCUUCUAGCGGCCGCCUCCAACUGGGUGACCAAUCUACCCAACCAGAGUCUAGCCUACCUCCUGGCUGAUGCUGGGUAUGAUGUCUGGAUGGGCAACUCACGCGGCAACACCUACAGCAGGAAACAUGAGACGCUCAAACCAGAUCAACAGAAAUUCUGGGAAUGGACAUGGGAUGAGAUGGCCAAGUAUGACCUACCAGCCUGCCUGAACUACGUGCUGAACAAGACUGGACAAAAGGAGAUGUACUACAUUGGCCAUUCACAAGGUACCAUGAUUGCAUUUGCUGAGUUCUCCCGCAACCAGGAACUCGCUAAGAAGGUCAAGAUGUUUUUUGCUAUGGGCCCAGUGGCGACAGUCGGCUACAUGACUUCCACAUUGUUCCGGUUUCUUGCUGAUGACGUCCCUGACAACUUUUUGACGGAAAUUCUCGUCGACCUGGGCCUUUACGACUUUUUCCCUAGCAACGAGUUUUUCCAUUUUAUGGGAGACACCGUCUGCAGCGAACCGGAGACGGUUUUCAUUUGCGAGGCUAUUUUGGGCGCCUUCGGAGGCUACAGUAAGGACCACAUGAAUGCUAGUCGGAUACCCGUCUACGUGAACAACUGUCCUGCAGGGACGUCAGUGUGGAAUAUGGACCACUGGGCUCAGAUGGUGCAAUCUAAGAAGUGUUCCAUGUAUGAUUUUGGUCCAAAAGGCAACAUGGAGCAUUAUAAUCAGACCACGCCCCCUGUGUACCACAUUGAGAAUAUGCAAACACCGACGGCCCUUUUCUACGGUGGGCGCGACACUCUGGCGGACUUGAAAGAUGUAGAGCUAUUAAUACCAAAGAUUAAACACCUUUUCUACAACAAAGAAAUUCCGACCUACGGCCAUUUGGAUUUUAUAUGGGCUAUCGACGCUGAAAGUUACUGCUACAAGGAUAUUUUGGGCCUGAUGAUGAAAGGGCCUUGAUUUCUGGAUUUGUGUGUGAAGUUUCUUCUGAUUUCAAGCCAAAAAAUAAUUGCGUUUCCAAAAUUACACGUUGAUUUCUUUGAGUUGAUGAAGUUCAAAAAGAUAUUUUCUGAAAUAAUUUAUACUGGUGUGCAAAAUUUGUUUUGUAUAAAUGGAUUUGAUAUCUUAUAUAACAUUGUGUUAUAAAUAUAAUUGACUAGUAUUGUCACAAGCUGCAGCACAAAAAAACUUGCUGGGAGUUGAAAUUUACAUGUAAUUAUGGCAAUAUUUUGAAAAUGUGUGCUGCAUUUGAUUGAGGGAAUAUGUUCUUAAUCUUUGUACAUUUCCAUGAUUCGAUGUAAAUCUUAAGGAAUUUAUUAAAUGAGGCAAUCUUAGGGAAUUUGAAAAACAAAAAUUGUGGUGAAAAUGUGAAAUCAUGGUCUUUCCAAAAUUCCGAAAUUUUAACUACAUUUUAACUAACUAUGAAUACAUUUUAUGCUAGAUUUACAACAAAAUAUGUACUUAUCAACUAUGCAAACAAAUAUUAAGCCUUAUUUCAUAAAUUAAAUUUCUAAUGGCUGCUGAUAGAUGAGGUUUAUUACCAGAGAUGAAACUGGCCUUGGCAAAAAAAUUCUGAAAUUGAACCUUGGGUCCGAGCUGCCACAGCGUCGCGCAGUGCAGCGCAGCGCAGCGCAUCAUCGUGGGACCCAGUGAAUUUUUCCAUGUCAUAGGUCAGUAUUUAACCUUUUCUCCAGCCGGAAAAGGAUCUGAUCAGCAUUGGUCUAGGUGUUUUACACUUGU